UUUUUCUCUUUGACACAGGAAUAAUUAUAAGCAGGUAAAUUUUGUCUAAGGGGUAAGGGGAGGUAACAUACUGGCUUGCUAGGCCCAAAAUAAUGCUCUUUCUAGUACGACCAUAUUUACCUAAUAAACUGUUCUCUUCUUGUAUAUUAAAACUGGAAAAGACUUGCUUCAAAAAAAUUCUAUUAAAAACUAUAUGAAAUAAUCUACCCGAAAUUUAUACUAGCUCACGUCAGUUUCUAAAAAUAACCCAGUUCUAAGAACUGAGUCAACCUACUAAUAAUAACUACUGUAGUAAGCGUAUGUAUUUAACGUCUACAUGAUGGCUGAAUUUCACAAUUCAGGAGCCGUCGGCGAUAUAGCUCCAGUCGUCGUAAGAAAGGUAGAUUCUACCACAAACGCGGCGAUGGACUCAGAAGAUGGCAGUGUUCCGAAGAGUUCAGAUCUCGAUAGAUUCCUGCAGCAACAGCGCAGUGACCUCAUGUAUGAGCUGAGACGCAUACGAUUUGGUGAUCGUCCAGUAACAGGCCAGAAUAAUCGAGAAAAUAUAGAAAAGUUUAUUUCCAAGCAUAUGCAGGAGCCAGCUGGUGCCAGCCAUGGCAAAGACAACGUCCCUGCAAAUGUUGAUGCUGUGGAUGUGCACAGGCCAGAAGCAGUGGUGGUCGAGGUGCAGGGUGUGUUCGAGCAACGCCGUGUGUCCUCCAUUCUGACAUCUAACUUCAGGCGCCACCUGGAAAACAUUAUUCGGGGUAGCAUUGCCAGUGCUUCACAAAGACCUAGAGUUUCAAAUAUUUCACACCCAGUCAUAUCUGCGCAGCCAACAGUUGCUACCACAGAAGAAGACAGGCCUACAUCUUCUGCUUUAACAGAUGCCAGUGAAGUCUCCAUAGCCCCUUCCACUCAAGACAGAGUUUCAACUCUCCAAAGAACUUCAAGACCAUUACAAUGGCCAUCUGGUGAUGCAACAGCAGACAGGGAACAAGAAGCAUGGAACAGCAUUUCUCAGGUUCAGCAUGAAGAUAUGGUGUAUGAGAUAAGCGAACUGCUCCAUCGUCGUCUUGUAUCAUCUGCCCUCAGCAGUGAAUUCAGAACUGUCAUGGAGCUGCAAAUCCAGAAUCAUCUACAUCACACUGGUAGCGACGGAGAAGCAGUGCCAGAUUUUGUUCGCAGCAUUCCUCAGUCCCAGAAUCACAUUCAUAAUGACUUUAGUCAGUUUGGCAUCAUGCCUGGGCUUGUGGACGACAAUGCUGAUAACAUAUCCAUCACAGGAAUCAGUGCUACUGCUGUUCCUUAUACACAGACAAAUAUGCACAUGAGCCGUGAGAUCCAAAGUCUCAAGUCCCAAAUGGAAGAGAUGAAGAACAUGCUCCGAUUGUCAUUUGAUCUUCAGAUGGAUAUUCAGCGUGCCAUCCGACAGGAGGUGGCUGCAGCACUAAGUGCAUUUACAGGUCAGGGUGAUGCUGCUGCUUCUGUUGAAACUCAGGCAAGCCGAUCUGUGCCUGUCAACGACGCUUACUGCCUUAUCUGCAUGGACAGUUAUUCAGACUGUGUGUUGUACCAGUGUGGUCACAUGUGUGUCUGCUUCCUCUGUGGAAAAAGCCUUCUGACUAGGGGAAAUGCAAAGUGUCCUGUGUGCAGGGCUGCUAUUAGAGAUGUCAUCCGCGCAUACAAAACAAAUGCAGAAUAAAAUUAUUCAUGUGAAAAGAACACUAGUGUGUGAUUUUUAACCUUAAUACUAACCUGAUAUGUACAGCUUCUUGUAAAAACUAAGUUGAAGCAGGCUGUUGUAAAAUUUUUUCACCAUCAUAUCAUGGGUACGGCAUUGAAUCCCAACAUAAUUAUGCUAGAAGUGUUAAACUUUGCAUUUUAGUGCAAGUUUAUUACAGCUAGGCUUGUGAUUUGCGUGUUUGUGUGUGUGAGCUCUAAAGUGCACCAGUAUACAGCUCCAGAAUGUAGACAGCUUCACCUCUAAAGGAUUAAACUUGACUUCUAAAAAAGAAUUAUAGCAAUCAGAUUUGCUUGGUUUCUUGCAAAACAUUUUAAUAAAAAAAGAGAACACUU